AAGGAAGAAUUGUAAACUUCCGGUUGUGUUGAGGUUUUCGCGCCUAACCGUGCAGCCGUAGUAUCACCAGGCGCUUUUGUUGUUUACGCUAAAAGCGAAACAUGGCGAACCAAAGACUCAACAAGUUAACGAAUUUUUUGACCGAACACUUCACCGCGUUGGCCUUGGAGGUUUUUGGCGAAGUUCAAAGUAUCGUCGAGUCGUACGACGAGGAAAACAAACGACUGCGGAGCAUGCUGCGCACGGUGAUCGGUCCUGAGAUAAAACUACACAUGAUAGAUGCUGGCCCAUAUGUUAAAGCAACCACGUCUACCAGUGAGCAACCUGAGGAGCCGAAGAGCAGCUUUGAAUUUCAAUUAUCGCAGCCGGGGGAAAAAAGCCCCAAAGAAGAGCCAUUUGAAUUUGAAAUUAAGUGGAAUGUAGAACAACAACAUCAGCCAGGUGAACUACACACCAGUAAUGUUGCAAGCGUUGUGAAAGAGGAUCCAGAACAAAAGGAAGAGAAAAUGGACAUGAUGCAUGCCAACCCAGUUGACAUCCAUGUUGAAUCCUGCCCUGACAAUUCAGCCACCUCCUCAGCUGAUGAAGGUGAAAAUGAAGAACAUUCCUCACUGUCAGAUGAAGCUUCAACUUCCUCAUUGAUAAUACGGAGCACAAAUGGUGCUAGUAACAGCAAGGUCAAGAAUCAACAAAAUCCUACAACUACUAGUACUAAGAUGGACCCUGUUGUUUUGAAGGUGAUUAUAGAUCAUCAUAGUGAGAAGCUCAUGUUAUCCUCAGGAAUACCGGACACAUUGGAGCAGCUACACAAGACUGUGAAGGACACCUUCCAGAUUCAUGAGGAAUUCAUACUUCAUUACUUUGACGAAGACUUUGGGAAUUUCUUCACAGUUUAUUCGAUCAGUGAUGUGAAACCUAAGGGAUCAAUAAAAGUGAUCAUUAUUCCUUCCAUAGUGCUAUCAUUAACAUCAGAGACUGAUAAUGUGAUGGAUACUGGCAAUGUGAGUGACACCCCAAGUGUGACAUCAGAUAAGUUCCCCUCACAGUCAUCUUCUACUGCUGUAGAUUUCCAGUUUGAUGGUACAUCAUCAGUAUCAGAACAAGACAUCAUAUUAAGUCCAGAAAGGGAAUUUUGGCCAAAAGAUAUUGAAAUUCCAUUUUUUUCAGUUACAACAGAGACAGUGUUGUUCAAUGCAAACCAACUAUUUCUGAAAGAUGGAACUGUCCUUAACAACACCUGCAUCAAGUCUGAAAUAUUGGAAAAACUGGCAGAUUACAUGUACAGUUAUACUCCGUAUCCAACAGGUCUUCGAGUUGGACAGGUCGCAGAAGCCUUGGUUAAAAAACACCCAUGUCUAACAGAACCUGGAAGUUGCAAUGGAUGGAAUGGAUGGAUGUACAGCUUAAAGUACAAAAUGGGGAAUUACAGGACUAAGCUAAGAAAGCUUGGAUUUCCUGAAGUCACAUGCAAUUCUCUUAGCAAUAAGCGCCCUGGUGAGAGAAAACCAGCCCAAAAAGUAAAAAAAGCAAGAAAAGGAGAAGUUAAGUAUCUUCCACACUAUCCUUUAGGAGAAACUGCUGAACACCAAGAGCAACAGCGGCUCAAAAUUCUGUCUGAAUUAAAGAAGCAAGAGAAGACAACCAUCAAUCAGUUAAUGUCCAGCACGUUUGCUCAUAGGAGACGGGAUGUCGUCAGUCUUCAACUGAAUGUCAAAGAAAUCAAGGACAGGUGGCCAGCCUUGUUUAAUGUAUCACAGAUCAACGCUGAAUUCAAACGAAUUACCACUGUGAAUCUUGAGGCCAAAUUCAUGUACAUGCUGGACCAAUAUAUCCCUAAACUGCUUUCCAUCUUCCAAGCCAAGAAAGGUGCUGCUGGAGAGAGACAUCGCACAGCAAUGAAUAUUCUACUCCAGCAGAGUGAGACUCUUGAGAUAACAAGAGAAGUUGUCAUCCGAUGUCUCAUUGAUCAUCUGGGUGAAGAUGUGGGUGCCUUGAUCAAAGAGUUUGAGAGUUUUGACUAUUUGACCAACCAAGCCAUAAAUGUGGAAGAAAAGCUGGCAGCAGAGGUGAUGGCUGUUUACCUUCUGCAUGACGAAAAUGGACAAACCAACGUGGGAAUCGUCAUUGAGGGAUCCAUUGUACUCGACAACCUUGGGGAUCUGAGCAGAGCCUGCUGCUGCUUGCUUGGACUAACUUUUGCAUUGGACCUAAAUUAUCCUAAAACUCUGAGAUACAUUUUUGAAGUGUUUCAAAAGCUGCUUGCUGAAGUGGAUCCUGGGAACCUGUCAACAAAGGUGCAAAGACUGAAAAACUGUUUAAUGGCAUAGUUGACAGCUGGGUAAAUGAGCACAGAUGGGACUCGCUCUCACAUGGAUCAUUUGUGCUUGGCAAAAGCUGUAUGUACCCUCAGUUAGUAGUAAGGCUCCUCUGGACAGAGACAUGGAUAUUCUUAGGGUUCAUUCUGUCUAAUAGGUGUUGCUUGACUCAAUGUGAAGUCUGAUGUUCUUACUGUACUUUUCUAUUUGGCAUCAAUGCGCUGCAUCCUGGUGUAUUUUUUUCUUUGAUCAUUCCUGACCUAUGAGGAAUCCCUCUUUGAAGUGAUAGUUUCAAACAGUAUUCGCACAUAUCGACUUGAAUGUUUUGAUUAUUAGGCAGAAAGUUUACUCUUUUCUAUCACUGAGAUUUCUAAAUGCGUAAAAAUACAUAAAACUUGGAGACAGUGUGUUGUUUUUCUAAUGGGAAGCCAAAAAUGUAUAACAAAUGUUUAUUCUCCCCCCCUUACACUAAAAUUUUGUCAUUUCUGUAUAAAAGUCAAUUUCUUUGGUGUGAAGAUAGUGCCUAGCAUGUUCUUGCAAACUGUACAAAUGUACAAGUAAUAUUUGGCAUGAAGCCUUUUAGUUAAGAGGCGCUGCAUCCUGGUGCUGUGCUAAGUUGUGACAGUUUGACUUCUGAAGUAAGAGAGUUGGCAGUGGCUUAGAUGCCAUAGCACUUUAACCUCUCUGUUGUACUAUCUCCUGUUCUGUUUGAAGUUUUGCUAAUUAUUAGUGGAAGGAAAAUCCCUAUCUAUUUGCAUGUUUUGGUUAUUAUGCAAUAUACACAAAAAAGUUUUGGGGUGGUAGUCCCAUUUGAUGAAAGACAUUUCCUUUUCUUUUGCAAGAAGGAUUUGAAUUAAAAUGAUCAUAUUUCAUGA